AUGGGUGGAGAUCCCGAGGGAGCUUCCAGCGGACUGGCAAGGAGACCAGCCGCUGAAUCGGUCGAGGGCCCAGCGAGUGAAGUUGGCGAGCGCUUGAGGAGUUCGCUGAGAUGUGAGACUCUCUGGCGCCUGGGAGGUACUACUGCCAAGCGUCUGAAAGCCGGCGAAGCGGUCGAAGGACCAGCGAGUGGAACGUCCACAGGGCCAGCGAAUGGAACGUCCAAAGAACCAGCGAGUUCAGUUUUUGCGCGCCUGAGAAGUUUCAAGGCUACCAGGCGCCUGAGAGGCGAGACUGUAGAGGGCCUGAGAGGUGAGACUGUCGAGGACCUGACAGAUGAGUCAACGGGUGGUGUUCCCGAAGGGGCUUCGUCAACGCGUGGAGUUCCCGAGGGAGCUUCCACCGGAAUGGCAGAGAGACCAGCCGGCGAAGCGGUCGAAGGACCAGCGAGUGGAACGUUCACAGGGCCAGCGAGUGGAACGUCCAAAGGACCAGCGAGUGAAGUUGUUGAGCGCCUGAAAUGUCCCAAGGUUGCCAGGCGCCCGAAAAUUGAGUCUGUUGAAGGACCAGCGGGUGAAGAUCUUGAGCACCUGAACUUUGAGAGUCCCCGGCGCCUGAGAGGUGAGACGCCCGAGGUCCUGACAGAUGAGACUGCUCUUGGACCAGCAGAUGAUGGACCAGCAGAUGAAGGACCAGCGCGUGUAACCCUCGAGGGACCAGCGGGUGAAGAUCUUGAGCGCCUGAACUUUGAGAGUACCCGGCGCCUGAGAGGUGAGACUUCCGAGGUCCUGACAGAUGAGACUGCUCUUGGACCAGCAGAUGAAGGACCAGCAGAUGAAGGUUCUGCCAAACGUUUUUUCCGACUUAAAGGGUUUCGCCGACUUGCAACGAGAUCUAUGUGA